AUGAGUAAGUCCUUAGACCAUGCUUCGCAUAAAUUGAGCAAGCCUAUUAUUAGAAUCUAUCCAGAUGAGGAAUUGCAAAUUGUCCUGAGCAUGCUUUAUUAUAAACCUACUGGUUACCAUUCCAAUGCAAAAGCUUUAAGAAACGCAUGUAAAAAAGAAGGAUAUAAUUUCCCGUAUAAAAAAGUUCGUGAAUGGUUGCAUAAUCAGAAUGAAUGGCAAAAAUACGCUCCAUCACCAAAAAAUACUCCACGGGUGAGUUAUGGAAAAAUUUCACGUCCAAACUGCGUACAUAUGUGUGAUUUGUUACGCCUUACAAAUGAUACUGUCAAUAAAAAGACAUAUAAAUGGGCACUUACCCUCAUAGACGUCGGAUCUCGUUUUAAAUGGGCUGUUCCAUUGACAUCGAAGAACAGUUCAGAAGUCGCCAAAGCAUUUAAGAAAAUCUAUGAUAAUUCGAACAUUCCUCUUACCUGGCCUGAUUUAUUACAAUGCGAUGGUGGUAGAGAAUUUAUGGGUGCAACUUCAAAAAUAAUGGAAGCGCAUAAAGUUACAAUCCGGGUUAUAGGCCCGUAUUCUCAUCGAGGUCUUGCAAUCGUAGACAGAUUUUGUAAGACAUUAGCAGAGAUGCUGUACAAAGUUCAAUCCGCCGUUGAAACUAUAUCCGGGAAUCCUAAAUUAAUAAGGGCAUAG